AUGUAACGAUAAGACUCAUUAAAGAAUCAGGAAAUGAUACUUCGAUUCCUUAACUUUUGUGCUACCUUAAUUUAAAAGAAUGUGAAGGGAUACAUUUAAAGAUAGAGACAUAAAAUUAUUAUGAUGCAUAUCAGAAGAUUCAAAGCCAUUUUAAAUGGAUUUAUUUAAGGUUGUUCAUCUUUUCUAUUUAUAAGGAUAUAGAACUAGAUAAAUUAUGAAAGUUCCUGAUGUAGCUAAGUUAAAACAAAAUAUUAUAGAAACUGAUGAUGGAAGUAAAUAUCUAAAUAAUUAUAUUAAGCAUAUGGAAAUCCAUAAAUUAGAUAAAAAAAGAUAAGAUUAAUAAAAAUGAUUGAAAACUAUUUACAUAAUGGACAAUUUUAUAAAAAACUUAAAAGAAUCAAAAGUUCUUAAAAAUAAUUCCUUCCUAAUCAAUGGUUAGAUAACGAAUUUGUUACUUAAGACUUUAAAUAAUAAUAAAACUAUUACAAACAACCUUAAAAAUAGACUCUAUAAUAAAAUUAAGUUGAAUAAUAAUAUUAUGACUAAUAAAUACAAAAUGAAUAUUCCGAAUAACAAUAAGGAUAUUGUUAAGAAUAUAUAUAAUAACAAUCAUAAAUUCAUGAGAAAAGUUAUUCAAAUUAAAAUUUGUCAAGAUAAUAUAAUCAACCUUAAAGAUUAGAUUAUUAAUAAGAUGAAAGACCAUUGAAUUCUAAAAAUUAAUAAAAUUUAGCUGUUUAAGAUAGGAGAACACCUGAAAGAAAUUCUUUCGAUGAUGACAGACCUAUAUGUGGAAAAGGUAAAUAUACUUAUGCUGAAGAUGAUAGACCAAUCAAUGGAAAAAAUGCAAAUAAUCAAAACUAUUUUGAAGAUGAUAGGCCCAUAACAACGAAAAAUAUGAAUAAUUAUUAUGAUGAUGAUAGACCUAUAAAUGCAAAAAAUAAUAAUUCAUAAUAUAAUUAUCUAGAAGAUGAAAGACCAAUAAAAAAAGGAAAAGAUAAAUUUUAAAUAGAUUAAGAAUAUUAAGAAAAUGAUAGACCUAUAGCUAAAACUGGAUAAUAUUAAUAAUUUGAAGAUGAUAGACCAUUAGGUGGUAAAGGUUAAUAUAAUUUACCUGCUGAUGACAUACCUAUAAAUGGAAAAGGUACAUAUGGUAGUUAUGAGGAUGAAGCUCCUCCUAAAAAAUAGAAGUAACCUCAAAGAAAAAAAAAUGAAUAAAAAAAGGAAAGUAAAUAAUAAGAUGAUCCAUAAUAAAAUAUAUAUGAUAAUUAAAAUGAAAAUGAACCACCACCUUUUGGAAAAAUAUAAAAUGAAGAUUAAAAUAAUUAGGAGAAACCCAAACAAAAAAAGAAAGAUCCUAAACUUUUAGAAAAUCUUAAAAAAAGAACCAAAUAUGAUCCUAGAAAAGCAAUUUAAGAAGCUAAAAAAAAAUAAGAAGAAUAGUAAUAAAUUGAUUAAGCUGAUAUAGAAGAAGAAGUAGUUGAAUAAUAAGAAAAGGAAGCUGAAUCAUAACCAUAAUAAUAAAUACUUCAGAAAAAGUAGGUUUUAUCAUAAAAAAAUCUAUAAGAUAAAUAAUAAUAAUAAUUAUCACCUAAACCAAGUAAAAUCAAUUUUAGUGCUACCCCUGAAAGAUAAACUCCCACAAAAGAAUUAAUAGGAGAAUGCUCUCCUAAAGAUGAUGCAUCCGAUUAAAAACCUAAAAAUUUUUUAAAAAGAAAAUCUAAAUAAAUUCCAUUAAAAAAUCCAAAAGUAGAUCCUAAAACAGUUAAAUCUAAAGUUAAAAAUUGCUGGAAUGCUGGAAACACUUUGGAUGAUCCAGAAUUUGAUGGAAAUGAAGAUAUCCCUUAAAGCCCUAAAGCAUAAAUUAAUAAUAAAUCUCCAUCCAGAAGAUUUGAAUAAAAGGGAUAAGAUUAAUAAUAUAAUUACUAAUAAUAAUAACAAUAAUAAUAAUAAUAAUCAUAGUUAUAACAAUAAUAAUAAAUACUAUAAUAAUAAUAGAUUUAAUAAAAUAAAUCAUAAGGGCCCUUGCAUGUGUAAGUGUAAUUAGUAUAGGAGAAUUAAUCAUCAUAUUAAAUAAAUCCGAGUCAUUAAGCUAAUAUUAUGUAAUAGUAAAAAAAAUAGUCUAUUUAACUUGAUGAAUUGGAAAGAGCCUAUUAUUCAAAAUAUUCAUAAAAAUUAGAAAGUAUUAUCAAUUGAUUAGUAUUUUAGCUACUAAAAUGAAUCUUAAGGUAUUAGAUGAAGAGAGAUAAUCAAUUUCUAGAGGAGUUCCUAUAAUUACAAAUAAAUCCAGAUUUUUUACCUCAUUUAGAGUUAAUGAUUUUGAAAGACUCUUGGCUUAGUUAGAGGAUUAAUAUAAUAAAUUGCAAAUAUCAAAAUGA